GAGAUCGGACAGCAGGCCAGUAUAAAGGCUGCGCUUGACGGAGAACACAGCAGUUUCCACCGGACUCUGGAAGGAACAAGAUGGCGUUCGCGAAGGCCUUGUGUCUGCUCCUCAUUCCUUGCCUCACGCUGACUCAGAGCGUGCUUGGAGAGACGACCCCGGAUUACAACAUAUAUUACGAAGAGCGGCAGGACAGCACCGAACCGCAUUUUGUACUCAACCGCGACAUGAGACAGCGCAGGAGUAUACCCAGAGAAGGCUUUACUAUUCUGCCGAGGCCCUUCGAGGAGACCAAUCCCGACCGAGUCGAGGCCGGCCAGCUGUUCGACAAGGACAUGCUGCUGACGGAGGCGCAGUGGAGGGACCUCGCCUUGAGGAAGGGCCUGGCCUCUCAGAACUACCGCUGGCCAGAGAGCGGAGACGGCUUCCCGCACGUGCCUUACCGCUUCGCCGACGCUAACGUGGACCAGGUCGCGGUCAAAGCCGGCAUCGCGCACUGGGAGCAGCACACCUGCCUCAAGUUCGACCUGACCACCAAUGAGAACCAGCCUCACCUCAAGUUCCAGAAGCUGUCUGGCUGUUGGUCGUACGUCGGAUACAUCUCGCAGUUUUCGACAGGCCAAGACAUCUCCAUCGGCCAAGGCUGCACCUCCCUGGGCACAGUCGCCCACGAAAUCGGCCACGCCAUCGGCUUCUACCACGAACAGUCCCGCCCGGAUCGCGACGACAGCAUCCACAUCAAUGAGGAAAACAUCGUGGACGGGAGAGAAAACAACUUUGCCAAGAAAUCCGACAGUCUUGUGGACAGUCAAGGAAUUCCAUACGAUUACUCAAGUGACAUGCAUUACGGCGGAUUUGGCUUCUCGAAGAACGGCCGCCUGACCAUCGCCACGGUGGACCCCCGCAACCAGGAGCUGAUCGGACGCCGCGACGGCCUGUCGCACCGGGACACGCACCUCGCCAACCUCAUGUACGGAUGCAUCGACAAGUGGAAGCAGGCGUGUGGCAUGGACAGCGACCCCUGCCAGAACGGCGGAUACACUGGUGCAAACUGCGCGUGCGUGUGUCCGCAAGGAACAUCCGGGUCUUCCUGCGAGACACUCGAAGAGGAUUAUUUUGGAAAUAAUAUUUUUAGAUUUUCAAGAAUGUAA